GACGAAACUAUGCGGUUACCGGUGUCGUUGGUACUGUUGGUACUUGGCGGUACCUUAUCGGCGGAACCCGCCGUCAAAGGUGACAGGGGAGAGUUUAAAAGAUCGUUCUCGAAAAACUGCGACACUUCGUAUACGGUAACCUGCUUCAAAUUGGACAUAGUGUCAUGGGUGGAUAAACUGAACGAAAACGAUGACUACGCGGUGUUACCGGGUGUUUCUAUAGUGCGCGAAAACAGCACCGAUGGAUCCAAUACGGCCGACAUCGUUGCCGACUUGGCGAGGGAUUUUCCAAAUGAUCCGGAUGCUCGUUUGGACGUGUUCCUAAUGAAAAAAGUAACGGGAUUCAUGAACAGCCACUCCAUCAAACUAAAACUCUGGAACAACAACGAAGGCAUCGGAGCUCGCAAGGGGGGCGGCGGGGGCGGUUUCGGAGGAGGCGGCGGUAAGGGUGGCGGCGGCGGAGGAAUGGGAGCUGUACUAGCGAUGGGCGCGAUGAUGAAAGGUGCUCUGAUGUCUAUGGCGCUGGCGGGUCUGGCCGCUAUAGCUGGAAAAGCGUUGAUGCUGGCUAUGAUGUCUUUGGUGUUGUCUCUUCUUGCUGGACUCAAGGGCGGCGGCGGAGGAGGAAAAACAACCUACGAGGUCGUCGCGAAACCGGUUUAUUCUCAAUCGCAUUCGCACUCGGUGUCGCACGAGGACUACGGAGGCCACUACGGCCAUUCGGGUCACGGGAGGAGCUUCGCCGAAGAGCCCCUUCCGUUGGGGUUGCUACCCGAUUACAAGCCGGGACAAUAA